AGUAACACAAGCAUUAUAGCAACUGAGGUAUAGGCCUAUAAUGGUUGUAAAAUGAUACGCGUUGGUUUGUUUAGUUAUAGCUCUUCGUUUGACAACACUUACAAAGGUUGAUAUCGUUAGUGUAUUUUUUAUACUUAAGUUAUUUACUCCACAUUAUUGUGAGGCAAAGAUGCACAUUGCCUUAAUUCAAAUAUGUAUCUCUCUCUCUCUCUCUGCUUUCGCGACUGUGAUCCAAGACGCUCUUGCGCGCAAGGUUAAGAAAAUCUGGAAUUGAUUUUAAUGGGGAGUAGCCUAUCCCUCGCUUGCUUUUCAACCUAUGGAUGUAUGGGUCUCUUUUCACUUGGUCUGAACGGCGCGUGCGAGUGCAGCGUCUCACCUCUGUACUGUGUCCCCCUUGCCUUGCCCAUGAUAUCUGUCGCUUUUGGAGAAUACUGAACGUGCCUCUGUUUCUAAACAGCUUUGUAUAAUGUACCGUCCUCAAAACGCUCGAGACUGAGUAGACGGGACUUGUCCAUUGCGUUUGGGAAGAAGAUUUUCUUCUGACAGAUGCACAUUUAUUUUUGAUUGUUUUGGACCUGAAACGUUGGACUGUGUUGUCGUUUUAAGAAUCGCCAAUACACCGCUCUUGGGACAGGCUGCGGUGGUCACGGUCACCCUAAAGGAAGGGUCUCCUUCCACUCCCCCCUCACACCUACACAAACACUCCCUCGGACACACACGCACACACACGCAGGAUGAGGGAAGCCUGGAGGUGCCUGCUGGGGCUUUGCCUCCUGGCAUGCUCCGCCUCUCCCGCCUCCGCUAACGGUCCUGCCAAUCCCUUCGCUGGGCAGCAGACACCCCCAGACCCAUGCUAUGACGAUGCGGGCGCUGCCCGACGUUGUAUCCCAGAGUUCAUCAACGCCGCCUUUGGCAAGGAGGUGGCCGUGUCCAGUGUGUGCGGCCGGCCGACGCCGUCCCGCUCUUGUAGUGUGGUGGAGCGCGGUGAUGAGCGGCCCUCAGUGCGCACCUGCCAGAUCUGCGAUGCGGCAGACCCGCGGCGUGCCCAUCCGCCCUCCUACCUCACUGACCUCAACUCGGCCCACAACCUCACCUGCUGGCAAUCGGAGAACCUGCACACCUCGCCGCACAACGUCACCCUCACCCUGUCGCUGGGCAAGAAGUUUGAGAUCACCUACGUCAGCCUGCAGUUCUGCUCGCCCCGCCCUGAGUCACUGGCCAUCUACAAGAGCAUGGACUAUGGCAAGAGCUGGACGCCUUACCAGUACUACUCGUCCCAGUGUCGGCGCAUGUACAACCGGCCCAACAAGGCGGCCAUCACCAAGCAGAACGAGCAGGAGGGCCUGUGCACCGAUGGCCACACCGACCUCUACCCCCUAUCCGGGGGGCUCAUUGCCUUCAGCACUCUGGACGGGCGGCCCUCCGGGAAGGACUUUGACAACAGCCCUGUGCUCCAGGACUGGGUGACAGUCACUGACAUCCGCGUAGUUUUCAGCCGGCCCCAGCUGCCACGUGAGCUAGGGGCAGGAGGAGGGGGGAUAGGCGGGGGAGGCCGGAUGGACGAAGACCCAAUGGUACCGUCCACGUCUCUGCCGGCGUACUUCUACGCGGUGGGGGACUUCCAGGUGGGCGGGAGGUGUAAGUGCAACGGGCACGCCUCACGCUGCCUCAAAGACAAGGAGGGCAAGCUGGUGUGCGACUGCAAGCACAACACGGAGGGGCCCGAGUGCGACCGCUGCAAGCCCUUCCACUACGACCGGCCAUGGCAAAGGGCCAGCGCCCGCGAGGCCAACGAGUGUCUACCGUGCAACUGCAACCUGCACGCCCGGCGCUGCCGCUUCAACAUGGAGCUGUACAAGUUGUCGGGGAGGAAGAGCGGAGGCGUGUGCAUGAACUGUCGCCACAACACGGCCGGACGCCACUGCCACUACUGCAAGGAGGGCUUCUACCGGGAUAUGGCCAGGCCCAUCACACACCGCCGUGCCUGCAAAGCCUGUGACUGCCACCCGGUGGGUGCGGCAGGUAAGACGUGUAACCAGACGACGGGCCAGUGCCCCUGUAAGGACGGCGUGACGGGCAUCACCUGCAACCGCUGUGCAAAGGGCUACCAACAGAGCCGCUCACCUGUGGCCCCCUGCAUCAAGAUCCCAGUAGUGAACCCUACAGCCAUGGUCAGCAGCAGCACAGAGGAACCGGCAGCAGAUUGUGAAUCCUAUUGCAAACCAGUGAAAGGAAAUCUGAAGAUCAACAUGAAGAAAUACUGCAAGAAAGACUAUGCGGUGCAAGUCAACGUGCUGGACAUGGAGACGGUGGGCGACUGGGCCAAGUUCUCGGUCAACGUGGUCUCGGUCUACAAGAGCCGCGGCGAGCCGCUCAAACGGGGCGACAACGUGCUAUGGAUCCAUAUGAAGGACCUGGCCUGCAAGUGUCCCAAAAUCCAGAUGAGCAAGCGCUUCCUGGUGAUGGGCACCAGCGAGACCGGGCCGGGGGGCCCUGGGGCCGGGGGGCCCGGGGCUGGACCAGGGGCUGCUGGGGCUGCUGCAGGAGCAGAGCGCGUAGGGCUCCUGGCCGAUAAGAACAGCCUGGUCAUCCAGUGGAGAGACGUUUGGACGCGGCGCCUCCGGAAGUUCCAGCGCAAAGAGAAGAAGGGCAAGUGCAGCAAAGCAUGAUGGGGGAGAGAGCAGCGCAUCCUCAGCCAACCCCCCCAUGACCCCACCCCUACUCCUACCUCCCCACGACCCCUUCCUAGCUCUCGGCUAGUUCGCAGGAUAGAACAUGACCCCCCUAACCCCCUAAAAACCCUGACCCCCCCCCCCCAAAACGGGGUACACUGCACAUUACAGAGACUGCAUGUAUAUUGCCUGUUUAAGGACCACUUUGUGUAUAUUGUAUAAUUAUUUCCUUUUUAUUUUCUGUUUUAAUCAUGGGACUGUGACUGUCUUUUUCUAUUGGUCUGCCUUAAAAAGGGACCAUUAAAAAGGGUACGAAGUGUAGACGAGUGGAUAUCAUUCCCUUUCUCGACAACGACAGCAAAAAUGUCCACACUCCCCCACACCCCUGCCCUCUCCCAUUCCCCCUCCCCAUUCAGACUGCUUCAGUCCCCCGUCCUGCCACCAUGUUUUAGUGUUUUGAAACUAUCGAAGCUCACAUUUCCCAUUCUAUUACCAGGAGUAUCCAUGGAGCUCAGAUAAUCAGAGAGAGAAACAGAUUUUUUAGUGUUGUAGCAAAGUGCCCCAUGCAGGGGAGAAGACAAACUGCACAACCUCAGUUCGUCUGCCUCCUCCACCCAGUAUUUCACUGUCUCUAAACCCCCAUAUUUCUCUACGCAACUGAGAUUACUGGCCUAGAGCGGCCAUUUUGUCUUGUACUCCUAUUCCGUAUGUAAGAUAUGUAGAUAUGAACUCUCUGCAGUAGUAUCUCUGGACCAGAACCCACAACGGCUGCAUCCUCGUCCUCAGAGGAUCCUUCUAACCACAACAAAGGCUGUCCCCACAGGGGCCUACUCCAAUGCAAAACCUCACUUCUACCACCACUGCCAUUACAAUAUAUAUACAACUUCAGACUGAGGCAUUUGCUACUCUAGUCUAGACUAUACAGCUGUUGACAGUGACCCCACCGCUCACUCACUGGUUCUACUGCUCCAGUCAUAGACAGACAGUGGCAAACACUAAACCCUAAUAAUGUUUCUCUUUUAUUCUAUAUUCAUGUACUUCUGCUCUCAGAUUCCCAUACUUCUACAGACCCCACUGUCUCACUAUCUAAGUGAAGACCCCCCCCCCCCCACACACAAGCCUUCUCACCACGAGUAGGAAAUGGAAUCCUGCAUUACUAUCUGACUCAUGUGAAGAAAAAGAAACUUGAGCGAGACUCCAGCAGAGUGGAAAGUAGCCAGCUUCAGAACAGAACAAUGCCCUUGAUACUAGGGAAACUUUUGGGGGGAUAUUUUGCGUCAUGUCUUCCACUGUUUGUUGAUAGAAAGUCCUGCGGGUGUCAUUGUGUGACCGAUAUCGUUUGUUGGUUCAAUUCUAUUAUUUCUCUUGUCUUUUAAAUGUUUGCCACUUUCGACGAAGUGUCCAAUGACGGGCUAGUGAUCGCUUGCCGAAAGAAGAGCUCAAAAUAAAGAGUGCCAUUUCACGAAGAACAGACAAAGGUUGGAUUAAGCUCUACCUUUUCAACUGUAGCUUAUUGACAAACCGAAAGAGUCCGGAACGUUCUAGGCUACAUACACACUGCCUGAUUGUAUUAUGAUGCGAUAGUCUAUUUCAAUCCUCAUGUCUUUGUAUGUUUGCAUGUUUGUGGUUUGGCUGGUCUGUCCGAUGCGAAGUGAAAAAUUUACAGUAAGCAGAGCAUGGAAUUAACAAAUGUUAACAUCACAAAUCCAGAGGAAACCUCCUUAGUCAUCUCCCCUCAUUGGCCUUGCCGACAUUUCCCUCUCUUCGUUGGCCAAUAAUGCAUCAGCCUGUUUCUAAAUUGAAUCAAGAAAAUGAGAAAAUCAGGACAAAAAUGAAACCACAAGGGAACGUAUGUUUGCUCUCAAAAGUUGCUGUUUUGUCUUUGUCCUUAGUUCGUUUUAAAAGCGUAUUACGAUUGAUUUCAAAAAUAGAACAACGUAAACACAUUGUGAAGGGGUCAUGCUAGCUAGCUGUUAGCAUGCUGACAGUAAUUUCAUGCUAGCGGUUGGUUGGCUGCAGUGCUAUGUUUGGUUUGUCACAUUUCCAAGCCCCUCAGAAGAGUGUGUCUCUCCCUCUCUUGUCAGGCCCCAGUUCCUUUCUGUUCUGCAACAUGUGUGUUUCUGUGUCUUAGAUACACUGCAUGUCCAAAAGUAUGUGGACUCUAAUUUGAAGGGGCGUCCACAUACUUUUGUAUAUGUAGUGUACGUGACAGUAGUGGGACAAAGGCAGCCAGCCGCAGUCCUUCAGUGGUGUAGGUCUUGUUUUCAUUUGCUGAAAGAAUGUAUAUAAAUGAGAAAAUGUCAAAUGUAAAAACCGCUUAAAGACACAUGGUAUGAUUGUACUUUCUUAUGAGAUUAUGUCGUUAAAGCUGAGAAUGUAGACCGAGCGUUGUCAUUCUAAAAAAAAAAACGCUGAAUGGAUUUAGAAGUUGUUCACAUGAAGGUCUGUCUGGUUAGAUUGUAGGUUUUAUGUGUAACAGUUGUGGGUCCUCCCUCAUAUGCGUCAAUGUUUGCAUCAUACAGUAUUCAUUCAACAUGUCGCGUAGCACAGUGCUCUGAAAACCAAUCCAAAACCAAUCCAUGACCAAAGUUAACUAGGUUGUUUUCCAUACAUUUUGGUGUAAUAUGUAACAUUAUUUCUUAGAACAGCGAAGAGGUCAGACGGAACCACUAACAUUUCCGAGUAAAAGUAGUGUUUCCUUAGAGGAAUUCCUAGAUGGAAUUUCACAAAAAUGCAGAACCAAAUCGUCUGAUUAUUUAUGUAUUUCCGUCCAUGACAAGCUGUCAAACAGGUGGUCUUACAGUAGCCACCAUUUCUUGGCCUGGUAUGUGGGGAAAGCAUGGGCAGGUUUGAUGGAUGUCGAAGUUACGUGUCCAGAAACCUUUUCUCAGACUCAACCCAGAACCAACCCGCUUCCUCACAGGGUUAUACUGCACUGUCUACAGUGCCUAGUAGCUCAAGUAUGAACCUCGACACUUCAUCAUACUGUAUAGCCUGGUCCCAGAUCUGUUUGUGCUGUCUUGGCAACUCCUACAACUCCUAUGGUAAUUUUCCAUAGGAGUUGGCCACAAACAGAUCUGGGACCAGGCUAUGAAUAAUAUCCAGCAAGACAAAAAUCACUAUACUUUUUCACCCUUUACCUCAGUCUCUAUUUUCUUCCUCUUUUAGCUGUGCCACCCUGAAUAUUGGACGACAGAUAACAAGCUUUACUAAACCCUGCAGAUGUUAUUUAGAAAUUGAAACGUACCCUCGAAAGCAUUUUGUAGUCUUCCUAGGGCGAGCCACCCUGUUGUUUUACUUAACAAGCCCCACAGCUUGGCAGUGGAACCAGGGUCGUAACUUGCCCUCUUUGUUCCCCUCCCGCAGUAUUUAUAACGUCCACGAGAGAGAGAGAGAGAGAGAGAGAGAGAGAGAGAGAGAGAGAGAGAGAGAGAGAGAGAGAGAGAGAGAGAGAGAGAGAGAGAGAGAGAGAGAGAGAGAGAGAGAGAGAGAGAGAGAGAGAGAGAGAGAGAGAGAGAGAGAGAGAUCAUUAAAGUACCUUAUAAAGUAAAAACAUAAUGAGAUAUACACAAAUGGACGGUGAGGAAUAGUGAGUUAAGGUUAAGGGAGUUGAAGGAGAGAGUCUGCCCAUUGGGUAUAAUAUGGACUGAAGUGCCAAUACUUUUUCUGUCAUUGUCUUUGUAAAGCCAGUAAGUAACAAGCCAGAGAGACAAGCUAAAUGAUUAUACGUAGAACAUUUAAAUAUAUAUCAAAGCCCAAAAUGAUUGUAACAAUGACUGUAGACCUACUGCUGCCAGGUGUUAUGAAAUAUGUGAAAUCUUGCUCAAGAAAGCAUUGAAAGGGCAAAAUUCUAUGAAAUGUCUCCCCAUUUGCCAGAAGCCCCCUCCUGUCCUCAUGACAUUCUGGUCACAGAGUUACACUAUAGAGCACCACUCACACAGACGAUGUCCACCUGCCUUCUGAGGGCCGAUGGGGUGUUGCCUUCCGCCCCAUGCACCCCCCCCCCCACCUUCCUUCAUCACUCGUGUUAUUAUGAAGUCUUCCUUGUACAUUUUCCUCUGAUGCAAUGACCACUGACUUUUUAAUCGUAAAUGACAAAUAAAUUAUUAGUUAAUGAAA